AUGAAAUCGGAUUCAGUGGUUGUAGCAAUCUCCAAGCGAGGUGGAGGGAAAUCGGUCCUGUUGAAGGAUAUCCUAUCUUAUCACCAGAGCAUGCCAAUCGGGGUUGUGAUCUCUCCAACCGAGCAGGCUAACAAGUACUUCCAGAAGUUUAUACCAAAGAUGUUGAUCCACGAUGAGUACGAAGCACCAAUCAUAGAGAAGUUUAUGACCAGACAGAUACAAAAGAACAACAAGGUGAACUAA